AUGGAUCCUGCAGUUGUCGAGCAGCUGUUUGAGCAAGGAUUGAUGGGUAUUGAGAUUCCCGAAGAGUAUGGUGGCGCCGGAAUGAAUUUCACAUCCGCAAUUGUGGGAAUUGAAGAGCUUGCUCGCGUUGACCCAAGUGUUUCUGUCAUGGUUGACGUGCAUAACACUCUCGUUAAUACCGCCAUCUUGAAGCACGGUAGUGCAGAGAUAAAGAAAAAAUGGUUGCCUCGCCUUGCGACCAACACCGUCGGCUCCUUCUGUUUGUCUGAACCAGUGUCGGGAUCAGAUGCUUUCGCCCUCCAGACGAAAGCGACAAAGACUGAGUCUGGCUACAAGAUCAACGGCUCCAAGAUGUGGAUCACGAACUCCAUGGAGGCUGGAUGCUUUAUCGUGUUUGCCAACCUUGACCCAAGCAAGGGAUACAAGGGCAUUACUGCUUUCUUGAAACUUGGCAUCCGCGCCAGCAGCACCUGUGUCCUGAACUUUGAUGAUGUUGAAAUCCCAAAAGAAAACCUUCUUGGAGAGGAAGGACAAGGUUACAAGUACGCCAUUAGCCUGUUGAACGAGGGCCGCAUUGGUAUAGCUGCCCAAAUGACAGGUUUGGCGCUUGGCGCAUGGGAAAACGCUGCUGGUUACAUUUGGAAUGACCGUAAGCAAUUCGGCCAGCUCAUCGGCACCUUCCAAGGGAUGCAACACCAGGUUGCACAGGCUUACACCGAUAUCGCUGCCGCUCGCGCCCUGGUUUACAACGCUGCUCGCAAGAAGGAAGCCGGCCAAGACUUCGUCAUGGAUGCCGCGAUGGCCAAGCUUUACGCCUCCCAGGUGGCGGGCCGGGUUUCGAGCUCUGCUGUUGAAUGGAUGGGAGGUAUGGGCUUCGUAAGAGAAGGUAUCGCGGAGAAGAUGUUCAGAGACAGCAAGAUCGGUGCGAUCUACGAGGGAACUAGCAACAUCCAACUUCAGACGAUCGCCAAGUCGUUGCAGAAAGUCUAUACCAAAUAA